ACUCAGACUCUCGUACAAAAUCAGUGGUCUUUCUUUACGUUAAUACUCGCGCUUUAUAUACAACGCUGCGUGUGUGUGUAUAUAAACAAAAACCCAUAAAUCGCACGCACGCACGCACACACACACACACACACAAUAUCCAACCCCUACAGCGCGCGCGCACACACACACACACAGACACUUAUCAGUAGUACCACAACUUAGAGCAACUGUACUGCGUGUCUGUGAGUGUGUGUUCAUGGUUGAAUUUGACGAAGGGGGCUAAUGUGAAUUGCCGAAACUGGAUGCCCGUUCGAAUUGAUUGGAUUUGAUUUUUCAUCUUUUAUAGAUCUUGGUGAUUGGGGUUUCUAGAUCUGGGGUUUCUCGUUUGAAUCUGGGUUUUUAUCUCGCGAUGGCUACGGCUUAUCCUGUGUCCGUCACCGCAGCCCAGGUGGGUACAUACUUUGUUGGACAAUACUAUCAGAUGUUACAGAAUCAGCCGGAUUUUGUGCAUCAGUUUUACAGUGAUUCUAGCACCAUGCUUCGAAUUGAAGGAAACAUACGAGAAACUGCUUGUGCUAUGCUGCAAAUUCAUCAACUUGUCAUGUCGCUGAGUUAUACAGGAAUAGAAAUUAAGACUGCACAUUCCUUAGAAUCUUGGAAUGGCGGUGUUCUAGUGAUGGUUUCGGGUUCUGUUCAUUUAAAGGGUUACAAUGGGAGGAAGAAGUUUGUGGAGACCUUUUUCCUAGCACCUCAGGAAAAAGGAUAUUUUGUUUUGAAUGAUAUUUUCCACUAUGUUGACGAAGAACUAGCUCUGCAGCAUCCAAUUGCCUAUUUACCUCAGGGCAAUCUUGAUCAGAAGAUCCAUUCUCCAACUAUAGUUCGAGAGCAAGUGUCGAAUUACGUGAUGGAUGGGGAUAUCCAGUCUAGGGAGUUCACAGCUCCUGCAAAGAUUGAAGAGAAUGGUCCUAUUAAUAGCUAUAACUAUCAAGAGGAACAUAUACAACAAGUCUCCGAAACAGAAAAGAUCCUUGAGGAGAACUUUGUAGUUCACUCGAAUGGUUCACUUCAGGGAACAAUGAACUCUGUACCUGACCAUUUCUCGCCACCUGUUGAAGAGCCUGCCAUGGAGCCACAAAAACAUACAUAUGCUUCUAUAUUACAGGUUAAGGGGCAGUCUGCUCCAGCAGUGAUUUCUCAACCUUCAUUUAACAAGCCCACUACUCCAGAUUGGCAACAUGGGCCAGAAAUCCCUAGCCAGCCAUCAGUUGCAUCAUCAAACCAAAUUGAAAGGUCUGGAACUGAAACCUUUGAAGAAACAAUAGCUAUGGAAGACGAAGUUGAAGUCAAGUCAGUGUACGUAAGAAAUGUGCCUACCACAAUGUCUGCUUCUGAAAUUGGGGAGGAAUUUAAGAGGUUUGGAAAGCUGAGGCCAGAUGGUGUAGCCAUUAGAACCCGAAAGGAUAUAGAUGUAUGCUAUGCUUUUGUUGAAUUUGAAGAUAUCUCUGGGGUGCAGAAUGCAAUUAAGGCAUCUGUGGUUAAUAUUGGUGGAUACGAACUCUACAUUGAAGGACGGAGACCUAACAGAAACAACUCCAUUCGAGGCGGAAGAGCAAGGGGUAGAGGCAGGAUUAGCUACCAGGUAGAAGGAACAAGAGGGCGGUUUGGAGGGCGUGGUUUCAGCAGCAGGGUGAGUAAUCAAGACGGGUUUGAGCGUCCUUACAGCAGACCGAGGGGCAAUGGUUUCUAUAGGCAAGCUCCUCGGCAAGAAAGGCCCUACGCCACCAGCCAACAAGGAUCGUCCAACGGGCACCACUAUUCAGAAUAACUUGCCAUUUUGCAGCUGAGGGAUUCCUGUCUCAAGACAAGUAAUUUUGGAGCAUUACCUUUGCGGUUAUAGUUUUUCAUCUCCUUUUCUUUUAAUUUUACAUAAUUUAAGAAAGCAAAUUAAUUAGAUAUGCUGGAACAGGAUCGUGACAAUAUAUGCUCAUUGCUAUCCAUUUGUUAUUAUUAUUAUUAUUAAUAUUAUUUUUUCUGGGUUACUGAUGAAA